CGAAAUCGCCUCGAGUUAAGUCGCUUCAGUAGUAGAAUACACUUUUUGCUAACUCCCUUCGCCGAUUCAAUACUGGAGAUUUUUUGUGUCAUCAUCUGGUUUAAAGAUGGUUCACAUUCUUGACUUUUACGAGCAUGACUAUAUGCUCUCGCCAUUUGUUCCUGAUUACAACAUCUCCAUCAUCGUCAUGAACAAUUCGUCAGUCAAAGAGACGGUGGUUGUGUCCCGGGAUCUCAGACCAGCAGACAAAACUGUCCUCCCACCACUGCGGCCGAAGACACCGAAGGAGUUACCACCACUUCCACGAACGCCGGGCGGCCGCAGAAAAUUCGCCAGCGACUCGCAGCUGCGGUGUGGCGUGAUUCAAAUCAUUGGAGGGAUUGCUGCUAUCAUCCUGGGCACCGGGGCAAUCAUAGCCGGCUCUGGAGGAAACAAAUUAGGCUCCGUCGGGACUAAUAUCUUCGCCUCUGGAAUCUGGGGCGGCCUCGUUAUGAUAAUCGCGGGAAUCUUCGGGGUCGUUUCGGCGAAGAACGAGAAGACAACUUCAAUACAAGCGUGCUUGGUGUGUUCCGUGUUCAGUUUGUUGUGCUCGCUCAUUUUCAUUGCACUUUCGGCCAACAUGUACGCAAUAGACUCAGACUCAGCAUUACACAAAAGCGGCACAGUCCAAAUCGUGACAGACGCUACUCUAGAAUCGAGAAGGAACAUAGACAUCGUGAGUAUAAUUGUCGGUCUCAUGGUCUUCAUCGUAGCAAUCAUACAGAUCGUGAUAAGCGGUCGUGCGCUCGCCCACGCCAGCAAACGCAAGAGCGACCGACGGGUGUUCUUCACGGCGCAGCCCACGCCUAGUGGAAAUGUCCCUAAAGUGGGGCGGGACGGAGCCAUAGUCAUCGUGCCGGCGGGGAUGCACCAACACCCUCGGCCCCAUCUUCCGCCGAGUCAUAUCGAAGAUGACCUCCCCAAUACGCCGCCGCCAAGAUAUGUCGAUCAGUUGCGAGAAUAACAAGAUAUUGGACUAAAAUGGACUUCUCUGUGAUAGUUAGUUUGGAAUAAAACAUAGUGGAAUAAAUUCACUGAUAGAACAAAAGAUUGACAAUACAGUUUUUGACAUUUCAAUUCACUUCGAACCCCUUCACUAUAAAUGCUUCAAAGCUGAGUGGACUUGGUUUUGUUAGUCAAUAUUCACUGGAACCCAUGGCCAUAGAGGCUGCGAUACCUUUAUGGUGUGAUUAUAAUGUUCUGGUCAAACACAGUACAAACCGUUCCUGGUUCGGUGAUACACGUUGUAAUAUGUCUUUGAGUAUCGCAUCGAAUUUCAAUGUAAUAUACAUGUAAUAAAGCAAGAUAUUUUCA